AAGCUGCUAGACUGAGAGAGAACUAGGGUUAGGGCUCCUCUUCAAUCUUCCAGAGCGAAACGAGCAACCGGAACACGAUGAUCUACGACGUCAACUCCCCCCUCUUCAGGUCCUUCCUCAGCCAGAAGGGUGGCUCCUCCGAUAAGAGGAAAAUGGAAGAGCAGAAGCCAAAGGAACACAGGCCCAAGGCCAAUGAGAACAAGCCUGUUAUGAAUGAGUGACAGCUGCCCUGCACAGUAGCUAUGCAACUAUUUAGGGGUUUAAGAUUCAUGAGUUUAUGAGUUCUGGUACUCUGUUAAGACCGUCUUGUUAUUAUAUGACUUGGUGUUUAUGUAUCUUUUCUAGAAGUUGACCCUAAAAUAGAAUUCAGAUGUUCAAGUCUGUUUGGUAAUGUUGAUGCUGAUGGAAUGUCCAGGAAAUUGUUUUCUUGGCAGUCUAUGAAUGGUACUGCAAAACAGGCUUCAGAAAUGAGGUACCCGUGCUUUUGAAAUGAAUUUGGGCUUAAUGUUA